ACAGACGGGUGAAUUCAGACAGCUGAGCAUCACUUGGAGGAACCUAUCAUGCUUUGCACUGGGAGAUUUUAAAGAAGCCCAUUUCUAAAUCUAAAGAUGCAAAAACGCACCAUCCAUGAAGAUCCUAUCACCUAGGAAGAACUUGACAUUCUGCUGCAAAUGCUGUGUUGGGAUUUAUUUAUUCUUGGGAUGUUCUGCAUGGCUGGCAAAGAAUAAUGUUCCAAAAUCAGUCCAUCUCCCAAGGGGUCUAAUUUUUCUUCCUGGGUGUCAGCAAGCCCUGACUCACCAUACAGCAGCUGACAGGCUGUCAUGCUUGUGGCACCCUAAGCAAAAGCAAAAGACCUAAGGACGACCUUUGAAAACACAAAGGAUGGGUUUCAAUGUAUUUAGGCUACUGAGCGGAUCAGCUGUAGCCCUGGUAAUAGCCCCUACUGUAUUACUGACAAUGCUUUCUUCUGCUGAACGAGGAUGCCCUAAGGGCUGUAGGUGCGAAGGCAAAAUGGUAUAUUGCGAGUCCCAGAAAUUACAGGAGAUACCCUCAAGUAUAUCAGCUGGUUGUUUAGGUUUGUCCCUCCGGUAUAACAGCCUCCAAAAACUAAAAUACAAUCAGUUUAAAGGUCUUAAUCAACUCACCUGGCUCUAUCUAGACCAUAACCAUAUCAGCAAUAUCGAUGAAAAUGCUUUUAAUGGAAUACGCAGGUUAAAAGAAUUGAUUUUGAGUUCCAACAGAAUUGCCUAUUUUCUUAAUAACACCUUCAGACCAGUGACAAAUCUCCGGAACUUGGAUCUGUCAUAUAAUCAGCUGCAGUCUCUGGGAUCUGAACAAUUCAGGGGCUUAAGGAAGCUGCUGAGUUUACAUUUGCGGUCUAAUUCCUUGAGAACAAUCCCUGUCCGAAUUUUCCAGGACUGUAGAAACCUUGAACUCUUAGACCUGGGUUACAACAGGAUCCGAAGCUUAGCAAGGAAUGUCUUUGCAGGCAUGAUCAGACUGAAAGAGCUUCACCUGGAGCACAAUCAAUUUUCUAAACUCAACUUGGCACUUUUUCCAAGGCUAGUCAGCCUCCAGAACCUUUAUUUACAGUGGAAUAAAAUCAGUGUUAUAGGACAAACGAUGUCCUGGACCUGGAGCUCAUUACAAAGGCUUGAUUUAUCUGGCAAUGAAAUAGAAGCUUUCAGUGGACCUAGUGUUUUCCAGUGUGUGCCCAAUUUACAGCGUCUCAACCUGGAUUCCAAUAAGCUCACAUUUAUUGGUCAAGAGAUUUUGGAUUCUUGGAUAUCUCUCAAUGACAUCAGCCUUGCUGGGAAUAUAUGGGAAUGCAGCAGGAACAUUUGCUCCCUGGUAAACUGGCUAAAAAGUUUUAAAGGGCUGAGGGAAAAUACAAUUAUCUGUGCCAGUCCCAAAGAGCUGCAAGGAGUGAACGUUGUUGAUGCAGUGAAAAAUUACAGCAUAUGUGGCAAAAGUACUACAGAGAGGUUUGAACUGCCACGGGUUUUCCCAAAGCCAACCUUUAAGCCAAAAGUCGUCAGGCCUAAGCAUGACAGCAAGCCCCCUAUGCCCCCCACUGUUGGAUCCACAGAAGCCAGUUCAGAGCCUGAGCAUGAGACAGAACACAUCUCCUUCCAUAAAAUCAUAGCAGGGAGUGUGGCCCUUUUCUUAUCUGUGCUUGUGAUCCUGCUGGUAAUCUAUGUGUCGUGGAAGCGUUACCCUGCCAGCAUGAAGCAGCUGCAGCAGCGCUCUCUCAUGCGAAGGCACAAGAAAAAGAAACGGCAGUCACUGAAGCAGAUGACUCCAACCACACAGGAAUUUUAUGUCGAUUAUAAGCCAACUAACACUGAGACCAGUGAGAUGCUGCUGAAUGGGACGGGACCCUGCACGUAUAGCAAAGCAGGAUCCAGGGAAUGUGAGAUACCUUUAUCUAUGAACGUGUCGACGUUUCUCGCGUAUGACCAGCCUACAAUAAGCUACUGUGGUGUACACCAUGAACUGCUCGCUCAUAAGCCCUAUGAAUCUAAUGCACAGGAAGAAACAAUGGAGACACACUUAGAGACUGAUCUGGAUCUGAGCACAAUCACAACAGCAGCACGGAAUCAGUGA